UCCUGCACUGCUCCUUUGGACGAAAAACAAAAAGAUGGCAGCCAAACUGGCAAUCCUUGUGGCGAUGGCGGGCUUGGUGGCAGCAACACCUGAAGCGGAUCCCAAGACCAGCAGUCACCACCACAGUUACUUCCCCGUCUACGCCCACCACACCUACUGCGACGCGACGGUGGCCCCGACCUGCGCUCAGAACUCCACCCUGAGCUACUGCCUCGAUGAUGAAGAGUACCCCCAGUACGAGAUCAAGGCCUACGUCCACGCCGACAUCGUUUUCCUGAAGAAGUUCGCCGACGUCCCCUCCCAAUCCGCCGACGACCUGGUGGACGGGAUCACCAAGGAGCAGGAGGAGGGCUUCGACUACUCCUACUACACAGGCGCUUCCACGGGCGACUCCCCUUACGAUCUGACACACUGGUCUGGUCCUGAAGGCUAUCUCUGCCCCUCCGACGUAGUGUACGCCACGCCCAAGCGUGCCCGUAACGUCGAGGGGAAGUGGCGUGUGAUUGUCAACGACGUGCAUUACUACACCCAGACUGCACGAGUUGAGACCUGCUUGUUUCCCGGAGCCGCGUGCCGUGCCCUCGCCCCGUGCUUCAGUAGCACUUGCACCCAGAAGUACAUCUACCACCGCCUCCUUUCAUGGGAUCCCUGUGACCCAUACAAGGGCCUCUUCAUUGACGCUUACAGGCUGCCUGCCGCUUGCUCGUGCCAUGUGCCCACUCUCUAAGGCCCCUCUCGUACCUCUUCAUGGUGAGUUGUAAAGGAUUCUCAAGCAUAUUUGUCUCAGACUCCGAAUUAUGAUACUGAAGCCUAGUUUCUUAUUGACAGGGAAACGCUAGUAAAAUUAGAACAUUUACUAAUAUUUUUUAUCAAAUUUACUGUCUGAGGAACACUUGAAAGUCCCAGAAACAGCUGACCACAUGCUCAGAAAGUGGAAAAGAUGAGUGCUGCUAGUUGUAAAAUGGCUGCCUGAUUUUGACAAUAUCUUUGUAUUUUUAUACUAUACUAAGUUUUCAUGACUACUCAAAAUCUAUCCAGAGCGUUCGUGCUCAGACGACUCCUGCUUUAACCAAAGAUACAGAGGAUUGCUUUCUUUUAUUCUGCCACCAAUGUGUGACAUUACACGGAGUCGUCUUAACACGUUCUUUAAGUUUGCCCCUUCUUUCCCACGACGCUUUCACUGAUGAAUAAAAUACUGUGACGUCAAGAGCCUAUGUAUUACAUUACAUUUUCAAAGUUCAUUGCUUAUCUUUAAAAAAAAUCAAAGUUUAUAAAGAUCUUUAACAUUACUUUACAUCAUUAAUUCCCAGUAUGUUGCUCUGUUGUACUCAUUGUCUUACAAUUGUUUGAUAAAUGUAUUGUGUCACUAUGAAAAAAACGGUUUUUCAGAAAGAAGACUCAGAAAAGAAAUAUUCAUAUGAGAGCGAGUUGAUGAAUACUCUGUAUAUAAGAUUAAGUUUUAUUAACAGAAAUAAUAAAGAUAUUAAGCUUC